GAACCUCACCGUGCUUGGAACUGGAAUUCUGCGACGGAAGGUAUAGAAUCACAUCGGAAAAUCAUCUGCCACUUUCAGGAAUCGGAAUCUUGUGAACUAUGACUACGGAUCUCAGAUGCGUGAUCGUGGCUGUCGAUGGCAGCGAGGAAAGCAUGGGCGCCUUACGGUGGGCGCUUCAAAAUCUCAAGCUCCGGCCAUCGGCGCCGGGCGUCACUGACAGCAUUUUUAUUGUGCUGCAUGUUCAAUCUCCUCCUUCAAUCGCUGCCGGUCUCAGUCCUGCUCCAAUCCCCUUUGGUGGUCCUACCGAUCUGGAGGUUCCUGCUUUCACUGCAGCGAUCGAGUCGCAUCAGAAGCGGAUUACGGCUGCGAUAUUGGAACAUGCUUCUCGGAUUUGCGCCGAGUACAAGAUGAACGUGGAAACAAAAGUAGCAAUCGGAGAUCCAAAGGAUAAGAUCUGUGAAGUGGCUGAGAAUUUGCAUGCUGAUUUGCUAGUUAUGGGAUCCCGUGCCUUUGGUCCUAUCAAAAGGAUGUUCUUGGGAAGUGUAAGCAACUAUUGCACCAAUCAUGUGGAAUGCCCAGUCAUCGUAGUCAAGGACAAGUUAAAGGGCAGUUCGUCAUGAGUUAAACAGGUUUUUUUUUGUUAAGCGUGCCUGUUCGACGCUCACCGACAUGUCUUAUCAUCAAUUGGAUUCCUUUUCUGCUAUUUUAUAAUGUUCAUAAGCGUUGCAGUUUCUUGUGCAUGCCACAUCGUGCAGCCAUAUUCAUUCUCGUCGUCGUCGAGUUUCCAAAACGGUACGUUUCUGUAUUUCAUAGGCUUCGACCCUUCAGUGUCCAGCUGAAAAUUGUCUUGCCUUUUGUCAACUUCUACUGUACUCGAGUAACUUUUCGUGUUAUUCUAUUUCGUCCCUGUAGGUCUAAAAGCUGGUUUGAAUCUCUUUUUCGUUACAGAUAUUUGAUUUCAAAUUCAUGUGCCUCAACUCUUGGACAUAACCUUUUUCUCUACCUAUCUCCGAAGAACAGUGUUAUACUAGUUUGGUUCUAAUACUUUCAUUUUGAAGAUUAGGACUAAAUUUGUAAUUCAAUAAUGUUUCAUACAUUUUCAAAAGAAAUGAUCUGAAUUUGAGUAA